GCGGACAACCAGAUGAGCAGAAGGAGCUCAGAUGCAUUACCUGUGGACCGCGUACUCGCUUAAUUUAACUGAUCAACAGCUACCAUCCACACCUUUUUACAGAGACACAAUAUCACCUGCCUUCGGCCAAGGUUCACUCUUUGAAACUUACCUCUCAAGUGUUCCAACCACAGUUGAUGAUAAUUUGAAGAGGGAAGAACUCGAGUUUGAUAUUGAAGAAUCCCCGGAAUCCUUCAAUAUUGAGGGGAUUGUUUCAGGAUCAAGUGUUGAUUCUUACACAACCAGUGCAAGUGUUGAGACUUCAGCUAGCCAAGUAUCUAAGUCGCUGUCAGAUUCUACAAUGCUUUUACUUCACCAGUCUCAGAAUUUACCCUUUGGUACAGCUGGAAGUCUUCUGGUACCAGAGUACGACGUCCCAUUUUCAGAAGAGAGUUUCUUUGGAGAAGAUUUUAAAUUUCCUUCAGUAGACUUUAGUGCAACAGUAGAGAGCUUAGUGCCACAAUCAGAUAACUCUAUUGAAGACAUGUUUCAAGCUGAUUUUUCAGAAUUAAGUUAUGGAGUCAGUGCAACAAACCAGACAUAUUUGAUGGAAUCUCCUUCUUCAGACACCGUUUCUGCCUCCUUGUCCUUGCCAAGCUUCCAAGAAACAUAUUCUCCUAGAUAUCGUCAUGACCUCUCUGAACAAGAUGUAUUUUCUUUCAAAUAUGAAGAGAUGUCUCAACAGAACCUAGAACCCCAAAGACCGCAGGAUGCGUUCCAAGAUCCUUUAGGAAAACCACAGAGCACCCCACCACAGUGUCCCACGUUUCCUUUAACACACCUCCUCGAAACAGAAGUUAACUUUUACAAAGAACAAUGUACUGACCGGACACAGUUCAGCUCAGCAGUAACGUUACCCACUCCUUACACCUGCAGUCAUGCCACAAGCUCAGACCCAUCUUUUCAAGAAAUUGCAUUAGUACAGCAUCAAACUCGUACGCCUUACCAACAAAAUGGUUUUCCUUCAUCACUCCAGAUGUCUUCUUUUGUGGACACGAGCAAGUUUUCUUCCAAUCCAGGACCUUCUUCUCCCCCAAUAGCUUCGUAUCAACAUAGCGCGACGUCACGUUUCAACAAUAAAGGUCGUAAGAGGCCGUCCUUGAUAAUCCCAAGUCCACUACCGUUAGAUACAAGCCUGGGAGGGCUCCUACAAUCUCCUUCCACUCCAGACACUCCUAAGUCUACAUCCAGUUGCUCUUCCUCGGCGCCAUCCCCUUCCCAGAUGUGUGCUGUUUGUGGGGAUAACGCCGCCUGCCAGCAUUACGGUGUGAGGACCUGUGAAGGAUGCAAAGGUUUUUUUAAACGCACCGUUCAAAAAGGAGCCAAAUAUGUCUGUUUGGGAAACCGAGAAUGUCCAGUAGACAAACGUCGUCGGAACCGCUGUCAGUUUUGUCGCUUUCAGAAGUGUUUGGCUGUAGGAAUGGUUAAAGAAGUUGUAAGAACGGAUAAUUUGAAAGGUCGUCGUGGUCGACUGCCAUCGAAACAGAAAUCUCCACAGGAGCCACCAUCAUCGCCACCUAUCAGUCUGAUCACCGCUCUGGUUCGAGCACAUGUUGACACAACACCUGACGUCUCGAAUCUUGACCAUUCAAAGUUUAGGGAAUCAUCUGGAGGUGAAAGUCCGUCAACAGAUUCCCAGAAAGUGCAACAGUUUUACUAUUUGCUGACUUCGUCUCUUGACGUCAUCCGAACGUUUGCAGAAAAAAUACCAGGUUUCACAGACUUAGAUACAAGUGACCAGGAACUAUUGUUUCAGUCAGCAAGCCUGGAAUUAUUUGCCCUAAGGCUAGCUUACAGGACAAAACCGGAAGACGAGAAAUUAAUGUUUUGUAAUGGUACGAUCCUCCAUCUGGAGCAGUGCCGUCGGGGAUUUGGAGAAUGGCUGUCGGCCAUCUUGGAUUUCUCCCGUAAUCUGCAUAACAUUCAGAUUGAUAUUUCUGCUUUCGCCUGCCUAUGUGCCUUGACUUUAAUAUCAGAAAGACAUGGACUGAGAGACUCUCAGAAAGUUGAACAACUCCAGAUGAAAAUCGUCAGCUCCUUGAGGGAUCACGUGACCUACAACAGUGAAGCUCAAAAAAGGCCACAUUACUUCUCACGGAUCUUGUCCAAACUGACAGAUCUUCGUACAAUUAGUGUUCAAGGACUUCAGCGUUUAUUCUAUCUCAAGUUAGAAGAUUUAGCUCCGACGCCUCCGCUCGUAGACAACAUGCUUCUGUCCAGUUUACCUUUCUGAGCGCCUCCACAAGGGAACUUUGAAUGUAUUACGUGAAACGUGUCCCUCUUAACGCGAGAGUAUUCUUAACACGGAAAAGGACAUCCUUUAUGUGAAGUCCACGACAGUGAGUUUCAUGCCAGACCGAGUGAACAACAGAGUGAAGACACAAUUUUAUGAAAUAUUACUGGAAGAUACGCACUAGUACAAUCAUACCGAAGGACGAACGUUCGCUUAAACAUAAAAAUUAAAGCAUCUUUAUUAGCAAUCAUAUUAGGCUUAGGCGUUAACGUAAAAAUAAAGUAUCUUUAUUAGCAGUCAUAUUAGGCUUAGGCAUUAACGUAAAAAUAAAGCAUCUUUAUUAGCAGUCACAUUAGGCUUAGGCGUUAACGUAAAAAGAAAACAUUUUUAUUAGCAGUAACAUUAAGCUUAGUCGUUAACGUAAAAAUAAAGCAUCUUUAUUAGCAGUCAUAUUAGGCUUAGGCGUUAACGUUAAAAUAAAACAUCUUUAUUAGCAGUCAUAUUAGGCUUAGGCGUUAACGUAAAAAUAAAGCAUCUUUAUUAGCAGUCAUACUAGGCUUAGGCGUUAACGUAAAAAUAAAGCAUCUUUAUUAGCAGUCAUAUUAGGCUUAGGCGUUUACGUAAAAAUAAAGCAUCUUUAUUAGCAGUCAUAUUAGGCUUAGACAUUAUAAAUUGAAGUUGCACACAAUUCAAAACGUCUUCCUGUGUACUGACGCUGGACAUUCUGAACGUUCGUCCUUCAAUAAAUGCGAGUUGGUUGAUCGAAGGAAAUUAAAACAAAAAAUUAAUCAAAAUAAAAUAUUAUUUUAACUAAUUUCCCGGUAAAAAGUUU